UUCCAUACCGCUUGAGCAUCCUCUCUGUCCUCCGGAAACCAGGACUCCUCACCCUUACCACUCGCCGCUUCUCCCACCUCCUCCGCCGCCGCAAUGGCAGGGGAAAGCACGGCAGCCACCCCAUCGCGCGCAUGCGCACCCUCCCCGGCGCCGGCAGACGCACUCCUACCCACCCUGCCAUCCGCCCAGCGUCCCGAGCAACGCGACCUUGGGACUGGGAGGGUCAUAUGGGCGGUGAUAAGAUGGACUGGAGGGUGCGCGGCGAGGCGGAGCCCGGAGUCGCCGUGCCUGGCGGUAUGGCGGCGAGUUUCCUCUGCAGUUCCGCUUGUGGAUGGCCCUCCUCCUAGCUGGAUGGCAGGGACAAUGGAUGAUCAUCUACUGCCCUCUUUUUUACCAUCUUGGUAGACCGGGCAUAAUAUUUGGUUAUUGUUUAGGUUCAGGCAUCGACUGAACUUGGUGAAUCCGAACUAGCUGACGAGAGGAUAAGUACUACUCGUAGGCCUGAAUACUUUCAUCUGAACUUUCAGGUGGCCUGUCACCUGUCAGGUGGUGAAAUCAAUCAAUUAUACCCAUGAGCAAUGGUCUGCAUGAUAAUAUUUCAUAUUUGGUUUUGGCACCAAUGUACUCCCUCCGUUCCAAAAUAGAUGACCCAACUUUGUACUAACUUCAGUACAAAGUUAGUACAAAGUUGGGUCAUCUAUUGUACAAAGUUAGUACAAAGUUGGGUCAUCUAUUUUGGAACGGAGGAGUAUAUAUGUACAGACAAGAGCUAGCAAUUCAAAGCAUGACGAAAAGGGUUUCCCCCACUUUAUAUUAUAAAGCAACCAGCACAACAACGAUCAUACAGAACAAAAGUUCAGAAAGGAAAUGAGAUGGAAAGGGGAAAAUGAUAGUAACAGGGAAUAUGGUCGUGCUCAUUUUAAUGGGACAAAUAUCUCUUUGACCACGGGGGAGUGCCCAACUACAAGUCCACAUCAGCACAUCUUAGCUGAAGCCUGAGGCAGGCUUUUGUGGCUGUGAGUCUUGACUAGAUCACCUUCUAGGCUUCCACUACAGAAACUAGACCAUAAUGAGAAGAAAACGAUGCCCCAGUAUUGCCCUACAAAAAGAGUACCAGAGAACCACGGGCAAGUGUUUGCUGGUGGCUACCAUUCUUAGUCUCCCCCUUGGUUUGAACGUGUUGAUAAAUAGGCAUAGGAGCCCUGCGUUUCUUUCUGAAGAUCGAUGGCGGAGUUGCUUCCCUUUCCUCUCGUGCCAUGGCUCCUCCUCACAUGCUUCUCUCCAUUCUUUGUUCAUUCUAUGGAAUCGAGUACCUCCAGCUGCUCAAGUUCCAAUAUCUCCAUCCCUUAUCCUUUUGGUGUCUAUGGGCAGAGCCCCUCCCCGGCUGAAGGGUUUGAGAUCACAUGUGGUUCAUCUGGUCCUAUGCUUCCCAUAGGCAACAACUCAAUUAGCAUCCUCAACAUUUCCCUGCUGGAUGGUUAUGUGACCAUCCUGGCUAGUGCUGCCUCCCGUUCCCGGCAUUGCGGAGGUGACUUUGCUAGCUUCAGCCUUGAGGGGACAAGCUUCACCUUCUCCGAUACAAGGAACAAGUUGACAGCCGUCGGCUGUAAUAUGGUGGCCAUGCUGUUGAAUGGCACCAGCGAUUACAGCGGUGGCUGCGCUUCUUUUUGCUCUACAAGCAAUAGCAUCGUCGAUGGUGCUUGCUCUGGCGUGGCUUGCUGCCAAGCACCGGUGCCAAAGGGUUUGAAGAAGCUGUCUUUGAAUUUCACGAACAUAAAUGCCAGCCUAAGCAAGUAUACUUUAGCAUGUGCUGAGGCGUUCAUCGUGGAGCAGAACUCCUACGCUUUCGCUGCUGCCUACCUGAAGGUCCUGAACAACUCAAAUAAUAGCCCUCCUCAAUACCGGCCUGUUGUUCUUGAGUGGUCCAUAGAUGGUGGCAGCUGUGAGGAGGCAAACCGCUCUGCAUCAUAUGCUUGCAAGGAGAAUUCUUACUGCUAUAGCUCGUCCAAUGGGAUUGGAUAUCGCUGUAAUUGUACCGAAGGAUUUCUGGGGAACCCAUACCUGCAAGGGCCUGGUGGAUGCCAAGAUACUGAUGAGUGCUCCACUGUAAAGCCAUGCACGCAUACCUGCAUCAACACGAAGGGCAGCUUCAACUGUGUGUGCCCAUCAGGGAUGAAUGGUGAUGGCCGGAAGGAGGGAAGUGGCUGCAGUGGAAUUGGCACGCUGCAGAUUUCAAUAGUUGUGGGACUAGCUCUGCUACUGCUUCUCCUUGUUCUCGGUUUCUGGACUCACUGUCUUGUUAAGAGGAGAAAGCUUGCGAAGAAAAGACAGAGAUAUUUUAUGCAGAAUGGUGGCGUGUUACUGAAGCAGCAAAUGCUUUCUCGGAGAGCACCGCUGCGGAUAUUUACCUCAGCUGAGCUUGACAAAGCAACCAACAAAUUCAGUGAUAGCAAUAUUGUUGGUAGAGGUGGAUUCGGGACUGUCUACAAAGGUGUACUAUCAGAUCAAAUGGUUGUAGCAGUCAAAAGGUCGCAGCGAGUUGAUCAGAGCCAGGUGGAACAAUUUGUCAAUGAGCUGGUCAUUCUUUCACAAGUGACCCACAAGAACGUGGUUCAGCUACUAGGCUGUUGUCUUGAGGCAGAAGUUCCCUUAUUGGUGUAUGAAUUCAUCUCCAAUGGUGCCCUUUUUCAUCAUCUCCACAAUACAUCAAUCCCAAUGUCAUGGGAGGACCGCCUAAGGACUGCAGUUGAAACCGCAUCGGCACUUGCAUACUUGCACUUGGCUGCAAAGACGCCAAUCGUUCACAGAGACGUCAAGUCAUCGAACAUUCUUCUUGAUUCGAGCUUCACCGCAAAGGUGUCUGAUUUCGGCGCGUCAAGGCCACUACCCCCAAAUCAGACCCAUGUGACGACCUUAGUGCAGGGCACGCUAGGGUACAUGGACCCUGAGUACUUCCAGACAAGCCAACUGACCGAGAAAAGUGACGUUUACAGCUUUGGCGUGGUACUUGUUGAGCUUUUGACAAGGGAGAAACCAAUAUCAGAUGGUCUGGUCGACGAGGUUAGAAGUCUAGCAAUGCAUUUUAGCACGUUAUUCCACCAGAACCAGUUGCUGAAGAUUGUGGACUCUCAAGUGGCUGAGGAAGCUGGGAUGAGACAUGUCAAAACAGUCGCACAGUUGGCUUUGCGAUGCUUGAGGUCGAGAGGUGAAGAGAGGCCGAGGAUGAUUGAGGUUGCGGUUGAACUUGAAGCUCUGAGAAGACUGAUGAAACAACACUCUGUCCUGAAGAGUGAAGAAGAAGAGCCUCUGCUUCCUCUGCUUCGAGACUUGAGUUGCCACGGGGAGAUGAAUUUCGAUGCGCAGUUGAGUUCGAGCCAUGAUGGAAUUGCCAAGGAUGAAAGUAUGGAGAUCAUUCUACUCCCAUCCGGCGAUCUCUCAUGUUAGGUCUUUCAUAAUUAUCUGUUCCAUUUGUGGUUAUCUGGCAGCCAGGUUGAAACCCAGAGUAGGUUUAUUAUAUCAGUAAGUGUUGGUUGCUUUUUUCUUUUCUUUUCGUAUCUCUGUUCAGCCCAACUUAUCGACCCAUUUGUAGGUCAAGAAAUGACUGCUAAAUUUUCGCACUCGGAUUUGACCAAAACUUCAGAUACAAAUCAUAAUCGCCUUUGUA